AACUCCGGGCUUGACUUGACAGCUGACGUCUCUCUACGUGCAUGUGUGCGACCGUAUUGAUUCCUUGCCGGCUGGAUCGUAAAAUAAAACUAAUUUCCAAGUGAAUUGGUGAAUUAUAUUAAAAUAAUACGGUUUUUGUGAUAAUACGAAAAAAAUUACUUUUAAUUUGCUCAAUCGAGAUUGCGUGAACUCAAAGAGACAAAUAAAAGUGCACUAUGCCACCUAAAAAGCAAGAAGAGCCCGAACGCAAACCACUAAUUGGUCGUAUUGGCACUAACUUACGCAUCGGUAUUGUAGGUGUGCCUAAUGUGGGCAAGUCAACUUUCUUCAACGUACUCACUAAGAGUGCUGCGCCGGCGGAAAACUUCCCUUUCUGUACCAUCGAUCCAAAUGAGAGUAGGGUACCAGUGCCUGAUGAGCGCUUCGAUUUUCUAUGUGAUUAUCAUAAGCCAGCUUCGAAAGUGCCUGCCUACCUCAAUGUCGUAGAUAUUGCCGGUCUGGUGAAGGGCGCAUCUGAAGGUCAGGGUCUUGGUAAUGCUUUCUUGUCACAUAUAAGCGCAUGUGAUGCUAUUUUCCACUUAUGUCGUGCUUUCGAAGAUCCUGAUGUUACACACGUUGAAGGAGAAGUAAAUCCAGUGCGUGAUUUAGAUAUCAUUUCAGAGGAGUUAAGACUUAAAGAUGAAGAAAAGCUUAUGCAGAAUUUAGAUAAAUUAGAAAAAGUAGUUGCGAGGGGUGGAGAUAAAAAGCUCAAACCCGAAUAUGAUUCAAUGUUAAAAAUUAAAGGCGUUUUAGUGGAUGAGAAAAAACAACUACGAUUUGCUGAUUGGAAUGCACAUGAUAUUGAAACUCUAAAUAAAUAUCUGUUCCUUACAACUAAGCCAGUGAUUUAUCUGGUAAAUUUAUCAGAAAAAGAUUUUAUACGUAAAAAGAACAAGUGGUUGCCUAAAAUUAAAGAGUGGGUGGAUAAACACGAUCCCGGCGCAAUAAUUAUCCCCUUUUCUGGAGCUUUUGAACAAACCUUAGCUGAAAAGGAUGAUCUGGAGCGGAAGGAGUAUGAAGAAGAAGUUAAAUGUAAAAGUCAGUUAGAUAAAAUCAUUGUAACAGGCUACAAAGCUUUACAGCUCGAGUAUUUUUUCACUGCCGGAGUAGACGAAGUCAAAGCAUGGACAAUUCAGAAAGGUACCAAAGCCCCACAAGGCGCUGGCCGGAUUCAUACAGAUUUCGAGAAAGGUUUCAUCAUGGCUGAGGUAAUGCACUUCCACGACUUUAAGGAAGAGGGUUCAGAAGCUGCAGCUAAAUCCGCUGGCAAAUAUCGUCAACAGGGACGUAAUUAUGUUGUCGAAGAUGGCGAUAUAAUAUUCUUCAAAUUUAAUGCGGGCGCCGGUUUAAAGGACGCAAAGAAGAAAUGAUCCUGUGUGUUUAUGGUACUCUUCGCAAUGUUUUAUAUCAAUUUGAUUUUUUACUCACAAAGUUUCUUGUUUGCCUAAAAUUAUUAUUUUUGUGCUAAUUAUAUUUGGAAAUAUAUGAUAUGCUGUCAUCAUAUGCUGUGCAUUUGAAAAAUGAGA